UGUACCCCAACAACCACAGGGCCUGUGUCAAUGAAUCCCCUUGGCGCCGCACUUCUCUUGUCAUAUCCCCACAGCAGUGGAGUGGAAGAUCACCAGGCUCUAAUCUGGGACAUCCAGCAGAUGCCGCAGGCCAUCAAGGACCCUAUACUGUCCUACACAGUUGAGGGAGAGAUCAAUAAUGUCCAGUGGGCCUCCAUCCAGCCCAAUUGGAUCGCCGCCUGCUACAACAACUGCCUGGAAAUCCUCAGAGUCUGAGCUGCAUUCAUGAUACUCCUAAAACUAAAAGGAAAAAAAGAACUGAGGCACAAAACAACUCAAAAACAUUCUCUGUCAGAUUUACAAGCCGACAUGACUUAAUUGAAGGAAACUAUUUGUUAUUUGAACUAUUUGAAAUAUUUGUUUAUGAAGGACAGAGCAAUGUUGAAUUCAUGUUCGUAUUGAAUUCAUGUUGAUACAGAUAAUGGUUUUCAACUGAUUGUUGCGUUUUAAAAACAUGGAAACUACUUGACUUUGUGAUAUAAGAUGUCCUGCAUCAGAAAACGCAAAGGAGCAUUCAAUCAAAAAUGGAAAACAAGUCUCAAGUAUCCAAAAGACUGUUAAAUCCCUCGUCAUAUACAGACACAAACCAAAGUUCAACAGCGUUCAAACUAAACAAAAUAGACAAAUAAGCUAG